GCGACAGAGAGAGAGAGAGAGGGGAUGUGUACAGACUCCCCUCCUCUGUAACACCACCGAUCCGGAUAAUAACCCUGUUUCCCAGCUUUACAAGGCUACUCUUUGUUUUAAGCUGACCUUUCUCUUGAAACCGUUUUUGUAACGGCACCGUCGUCUUCUAGAAGAGGGUCUCUUUUACCCACCCGAUGUUCCUUCAUCAGCUGAGCUCCUUCAGCUCCUCCUUUCUUUCUCGCAGCCGUCCCGCUCUGUGCAGGGCUGGCUUCAGGAGCAGCAGUGCCUCCCCUUUCUCCUCCUACCGUCCCCAAUUUACCCCCGCUCCUCCUCCAUGGUGGUUGGUGCGGGGUUUUUUCCCCUGGCCUCCUCGACUCCCCCACUCCUACCCAGCAGCCCAACAGAUCUUUUCUGGUAGGACGUUACACCCUCAGAGCAUUAGCCCAGGUAACUUUGGUGGAAGUCGGUGUUCGUUCUCCACCUCUGCUGGUCUCAUGAUGGAGCGGCCUGACAGAGAGCCUCCUCUCAAACGGAGAAAAAGUGCAGAGGAGAGGAGGGGCGCUCAAGAGAGGGAAAACAGAGGAGGAGCAGCAGGCGCAAGUGGUGGCAAGGCCAAGGAUGGAGGCUCCAAGAAGGAGCACCAUCACCAGGAUUCCAGCGCAGGCAGCCGCCCUCGACCAAACUACCACAACAAAGAUGGAAGUCGAGACAGAGGGAAGAAUGGAGCUGGAAAAGGUGUCAGUUUGGAAAACAGCAGAGAUAAAGUUGUAGAAAGGACUAAAGCUGGGAGUAAAGACAGACUGAGAAAAGACAGUGCUAGUCAAGAUGAAACCUCGAGCAGAGGGAGGUGUACACAUCAGCAAGGAGGACAUAAAGAUUCACAGCCUGUGAGCUUGAGGACUCAAACCCCCAAAUCAAACCCUGAACAGGAUAAAGUUCCAGUGCACAAACCCAACCCCUGGUUCAAAGGCAGGGGUGCAGAGCAGCAGGGAGGGUGGUGUGGGAGGACUGCGAAACCACCACCACCACCACCACAGGGACAGGUAAAGGACAGAGCCAAUGAUGGAGGGCAGCGGAUGGGCCUUCCAUCCCAGCCCUGCAGCACCACUCAUCCCCCAAACCCGUGGCAGGUUGCAGGAGCCGACAGGCAGCCUCCUCCACCUGGAACCUGCCCGCCUGUCAGAAAACAGGAAGAUGUUAAACCAGUGAAAUCUCUUCAGAGACACUGGGAGGCCUCACCUGCCUGCAGUACUGACAUCCAGCCACCAGGGGACAACACAGCAUUUGACUUCUCAGUGAUGUCCUACAACAUCUUGUCUCAGGAGCUGCUGGAGGACAACACCUACCUGUACAGACACUGUAACCCUGGCGUCCUGCCGUGGAAACACCGGCUGCCCAACCUGCUGGCUGAGAUCAAGCAGUACAAUGCUGAUAUCCUGUGUCUUCAAGAAGUCCAGGAGGAUCACUAUGAAAACCAGCUCAAACCUGCUCUUCAGGCACUAGGUUACCAGUGCGAGUACAAGAAGCGCACAGGAAGGAAACCCGACGGUUGUGCCGUUAUCUUCAAAACCUCCCGCCUGUCGCUCCUCUCCUCUCAUCCCGUCGAGUUCUUCCGCCCUGGUGAUGCUCUCCUUGACCGAGACAACGUGGGAUUGGUUGUGCUGCUGCAGCCCAACAACAUGAUGGGCCAGUCAGAUCCCUCCUCCUCCAUCUGUGUUGCCAACACUCACCUCCUGUACAACCCUCGCCGUGGGGAUAUCAAACUGGCCCAGCUGGCGAUCCUAUUGGCAGAGAUCAGCCGGCUGUCCCACCGUCAGGACGGGUUGACCAAUCCGGUUGUGCUGUGUGGGGAUUUUAACUCCACACCUUGGAGUCCGCUGUACAGCUUCCUGACCAAAGGCUGCCUGGAGUACAGAGGACUGCAGAGCAGCAUGGUCUCUGGUCAGGAAAGCAUUCCCAGAGGUCAGCCUCGUCUCCUCACAUCUCCACCCUGGUCUCACAGGUUGGGAAUCAAUUAUAAGUGUCAGUACGAGGAGAAACCCACAGCUGAGUCCUGCAGCAGCCCCACAGCAGUAGAAGGAGCGAUCUCUAAUCUGACUGUAGAAGAUCUCGCCACUAAAGCUGCUGCUGCUUUUCACAGAGCUACAAUCGAGCACAGCUUGAAGCUGCAGUCGUCCUACCAGCACUACCUGAAGGCUGAUGGGAGACCUGAGAUCACCACCUCUCACUCCCGCACUGCCUUGACAGUGGAUUACAUCCUGUAUACUCCCGAUUUCGUCGCACCUCCUUCAUUUCCUGGUGGGCAGGGCCUCCAGCUGCUGGGCAGGCUGUCAUUGGUUGGCGAGUCAGAGCUCGAGGAAGUCAACGGCCUGCCCAAUCACUAUCAUUCGUCCGAUCACCUCCCUCUCCUUGCUCGCUUCCGCCUCCGCCACUGACCCAGGUGGAUCGCACGGCGGGACGCCUCAGCACUGUAGCUCAGGGAAGAGUUCAAGAUGUCGAUUGGAGUUGUUUUCUCACACGUUUACUGAAGUGUGGCGCUGCCACGCCAGGAAAACAAAAACUGAUCAUGAAAAGUUUCUUGUUAUAACAAUAAAUGUUUUUCACAAUUUUACAAGAUAUUUUCAUGUAGCAACAAGAAACUUCUCUUGUAAAAGAAGAAAAAAAAACUGUUGUUAUAACAAUACACUAUUUAUAUUGUAUCAUGAAACAUUUCAAGUUACCGUAUGAAACUCAUGUUUAACUCUUGUUGGAUAAUGGCUAAAUUGAGGAAUAUAGUUCAUCUACACAACCUGAUUAACAUGAAACGCUUCACAUUAAGUUUCCUUUCUAUACAAGAAAAGUUUCUUGUUAUAAUGUGAAAAUAUCUUGCGAAAAAUGUUUUGCUAUAAGAAGAAACUUUUCAUGUUAUUAUAUGAUACAUAUUAGUUUUUGUUUUUCCUGGUGUGGCAGCUCUACACUUUCAUACAUGUUGCCUGAAAUACUGUUAAAGUCAGUUAUCCACCACACAGCCAUGUAGCGCAGGUAUGUGAGUUACUUCUCUGCAGGAAGAACCUUCUUUUAGAGUAUUUUUCCCAAAACUGUGGCAGUCAAGAAGAACCUUGAUUCACUUGAACACUCUGUAAAAUCCUAAACACACCUCAGUAACAGCCGGAAACCCCAAAGUGUAAAAGUCCAAGGUAAAAUCCAAAUACUUUGAUGAAGCGUGCCCAAAAUGUUUUUUAAAUGCUCAGAUUUUAGACGAUGCUGAUGGCUGAAAUGUGUCCAUGUUGGACAUUUUGCAUAAUUUUUUUGCAUUUGAUGAAAUGUUUAAAACAGUUUUUUUUUUUUAAAGAAGAAAAGAAAAUCUACAGUAUUCAUAAUUUUUACAGGGCAGAUGAAUAUCAUUUUACAUUCAAAGUCCCUUUUUAUCUGUCAUGCAUUUCUCUAAAAGAAACUAAAAGCAUCAGGUAAAGAUUUUAUGAACAUGGCUUGUACGCACUACGAAAACAAAUAUUUCAAUUUGCAAUUGUGUUGCUGUUGAGAAGAUUUAAUUAUUUUUUUUUGUUUGCGGAAAAAAGUUCUUGAAGUUCAGUACUUCCCUUUUAACAUACAACCGUGUUCUCCUGAGAGGUGAAUCUAUGAAGGGACAGAUUUUAAAUCUAUUUUUUUAAAGCCUGAACAUUAUCACUUUAAGUUAAAGUGCUGCUGAUGAGAACAACUACUUGAUAUCUUUGUUGGCCAUGAUGGAGGAGCAACGCAACUCACAUCACCCCCAAAUCAUUCAUAGCCUGGGGGGCUUAAGACAUAACCAAAGAUUUGGUUUCUGAAAAUUAGAGCGUUUAACUUGUCUUUUGAAGCUUUGAACAAGUAAACAAGAUGCAUGAAAUAACAGUUAACAUAUUUGGCUAUGUAGUUAAAUUCCUCUUAAAACAGUCUAUGAACGUUGCUUCUGUAUCAUUGCCACGGAAAUUGUUUUUUAUGUUUAUAAUUUAUAAUACCACAUCACUGUACAUUUCACCUGCAGACUCAAAUGGAACAGGAGUAUGAAUUUAGUGCCAUCAGUCUUAAGUUAAUGUACAGUACUCGUGAACAUUGUGCUAUAGUUUUAGACUUAUACAUAAUCAAUAAAUAACAAGGAGUCGAUGUAUUUUUCUAACAUUUUGAGGAAAAAUCUGCCAUUUUUUGAUAGUUUGUAAA